GUGGUCAUUUGAAUUUGACACUUAAAUACACAGAGUACUUUUUUAUAAUAGGUAUAUGCUUAUAUAGUGCACGUGUUUUGCAUUAUUUUGAAUUUAUUUUGCUUUUAAUACAGCUCCAAUGAGUAAAAGUACAAAUUAAAAUGGAUAAAAGUAAUCAAAAGAAGCUUUUGCAAAAGCCUACAUUGGCAUAUACAAGCAAUCCGAACUAUAGUAAGCCACCGAAAAUUGCUAACCCAUACCUACAAUGCUUGGGAACGCCUCACAUAGAUUCCUUCAACUUUAUGAUGACCGAUGGUUUAAAAAUGGCGAUAGAUCACUUACUUCCCGUAGAAUUCGAGCUGGAUUCGGGUGAAAAAGUAAAAAUCCAGAUAGACGAAGCCACAUUCGCGAAGCCUAGUGUUCCGAUGGAAGCUGUAGGUGUUAAAAACCAGAGGGUUUUACCGACAGAAUGCAGACAGAGAGCGGCGACGUAUAAGGGGGACUUUAAAGUCAGAUUGACGAUAACUAUUGAUGGAAAGAGUAUUACGGUGGAUAGGUCAUUGGGACACUUGCCAAUUAUGAUUAAAUCUAAAGCCUGUCAUCUCGAUGGUUUAUCACCUGAGGAACUUGUAAAAUUUAACGAACAUGCUGACGAGUGGGGAGGCUAUUUCGUUGUGAAGGGUCACGAGCGUCUCAUGCGCAUGUUGCUAGUGACUCGACGUAAUUAUCCGGUCUCCAUCAAGCGAUCUGGGUGGAAAAUGCGCGGGAACCUCUUUACGGAGUAUGGAGUGCUGAUGAGAUGUGUUCAAUCCGAUCAGACGACCACUAACAACGUAAUACAUUUCCUACAAAACGGUACGAGCAAGCUAAUGUUCUCGCAUGGUAAAGUGAUGUACUAUGCGCCUCUAGUACUUAUGAUGAAGUGUCUGGUUGAUUGGCCGGACCAUUAUAUAUAUAGAUUGCUGUUGCACGGAAAGAAGAACGAUUUGUAUUAUGACAACUGCAUCCAAAACAUGCUCCGCGAAUUACACGAAGAAGGCCUUCACACGCACCAGGAAUGCCGUUACUACCUCGGCAAGAUGUUCCGAGCAAAGAUUACAGAAUUACCCCCGUGGGCCACGGACCUUGAAGUGACUGAUUUCUUAUUAUCCAGAUGUGUGAUGAUACAUUUAAAUGAUUAUAAGGAUAAGUUUAACGGACUUGUGUAUAUGACGCAAAAACUGUAUGAUGUUGUACAGAAUAAGUGUAAGGUAGAAGGUGCCGACGCCGUGAUGGUGCAAGAGAUACAAGUUGGAGGACAUCUGUAUCUCCAAGUGCUUAAAGAGAGAAUGGAAAAUCUAUUGAAUGUCAUGAAAUUCGUAUUUAUCAAACGGGGAAAUAAAUUGCAAAUUACUUCGACAGACAUCCAGAAAUUUAUCAGAGCUGCGGGUAGUUUGGAACAAAAGAUGGAAACGUUCAUAUCGACUGGGAACGCGCCGUCGAAUAAUGUGAACCUACCACAGAACAAGGGGUUGACUAUAGUGGCCGAGAAUAUUAAUAGGAUGAGAUAUAUGUCCCAUUUUAAAGCAAUCCACCGAGGCUCAUUCUUCAUGGAAAUGCGAACAACGGAGGCCCGACAGUUACUCCCGGACGCGUGGGGCUUCGUGUGUCCCGUACACACCCCGGACGGGGCUCCGUGUGGCCUGCUCAACCAUCUCACUGCGUCUGCGCAGGUGACGUCAUAUCUAGAGCCGAACGUUAUUGAAAAUCUACCUAAAGUUCUGGAAAAAUGUGGAAUGGACCCCAUCAGCUCGGUAACCCACACCCCAUUAUCCCAGGACAUGUAUAAAUACCCAGUAUUCAUAAAUGGCCGACUUGUCGGCUAUUUCCCGGAAGAUACAGCUGCAGAUUCUAUAGCGUAUCUGAGAACGCUCAAAGUUAAAGGGGAAGACGUGCCGAUUAGUACUGAGAUUGUUUUGGCGCCGAAAACACAGACUCCUGGACAAUACCCGGGAAUAUUCCUCUUCACAUCAGAGGCUCGUAUGAUGAGACCGGUCAUUAAUUUAGCAACAGGCCAAUUAGAAUUAAUAGGCACUAUGGAACAGUUGUAUUUGGAUAUAGCUGUCACACAGACCGAGAUUGUUAAAGGUCUAACAACACAUUUGGAACUUACAAAAUCGGCGUUUAUGAGCAACUUGGCCCAAAUGAUUCCUAUGCCUGAUUGCAACCAAUCACCAAGAAACAUGUACCAAUGUCAAAUGGGUAAGCAAACUAUGGGUACACCGAUACACACGUGGGCUACAAACGCGGAAACCAAGUUAUAUAGAUUACAAACCGGGGCUACACCGUUGUUUAGACCUUUACACUAUGAUCUGUUGGGUUUGGACGAUUAUCCGAUGGGAACUAAUGCGAUAUUGGCCGUUAUUUCUUAUACGGGCUACGACAUGGAAGACGCGAUGAUAAUAAACAAAUCAGCAUACGAGAGAGGCUUUGCAGCGGGCACUGUUUACAAAUCUCAGUUUAUCGAGUUGAAAAACGCAACUUCAUAUUUCGCGAGAGACCCGAAUAAGCCUGAUCUAGCCAAGUUUAUAGAUGAUGACGGGUUACCGGCGGUUGGUGCUAGGUUGGAAAGCGAAGAUCCUUUUUAUUGUUACUACGACGACGACAGAGCCCAAUACGUAGUGACCCGUUUCCACGGCAAGGAAACAGCGUUGGUGGAUAGUGUACGACUUUGCGGUGAUUUCUCACCUAAAGCCCCAAGACGAGCUUGUGUUAUGUUACGUGUACAGCGAAAUCCCACCGUAGGCGACAAAUUCGCGUCCCGGGCUGGCCAAAAGGGUAUUUGCUCACAAAAAUGGCCGGCGGAAGACCUACCCUUCACGGAGUCCGGGUUGAUCCCGGAUAUCCUGUUCAACCCCCACGGUUUUCCAUCCCGGAUGACAAUUGCUAUGAUGAUAGAGUGCAUGGCGGGGAAAGCUGCGUGCUUGCAUGGACAUGUACACGACGCAACACCCUUCCGUUUUAACGAAAAGGACACAGCUAUAAACUAUUUCGGUAGGCUGCUAGAGGCCGGGGGGUAUAACUACUACGGAACCGAGCGAAUGUAUAGCGGUGUGGAUGGGCGGGAAAUGGAAGCGGAUAUAUUCUUUGGCUUGGUGCAUUAUCAGAGGCUGAGGCAUAUGGUGUCUGAUAAGUGGCAGGUGCGCACGACGGGCGCGAUGGACGCGCUGACGCGGCAGCCGGUGAAGGGGCGGCGGCGCGGGGGCGGCGUGCGGCUCGGGGAGAUGGAGCGCGACGCGCUGCUCUCGCACGGCGCCGCCUUCACGCUGCACGACCGCCUGCUGCACUGCUCCGACGAGACGCAGGCAUUGCUAUGCACAAAAUGUGGAACUCUACUCGGGCCAAUCAUAACAACAACGCUGACGUCAACGAAGGACACAUGUCGUUUGUGCAAAGAUGGCAACGUGGUCUCUGUGUCUAUUCCUUACAUCUUCAAAUUCUUUGUUACGCAAUUAGCGGCUGUUAAUAUUAAUGUGAAAAUCAAUGGUACUAAUAGUCUGGCGAUGACGGCCGCUUAAUAAAUGAUUUUGGGAAGCUU